AUGGGAGGGCUUCCUCGAAGGGCCCCGGUCCCAGCCACAAUAGCAUUGUUGACUCCUCCAACACCUCCUCAAUCCGGUCCGAACCAGAAGAAACCUGCGUCCCAGGGACCCGCCGCAGGACACAAGUGCUCACGAUGCAAAACGAGGCCGAAAUCCGGUUCAGGCAGUAGUCUUUGCAUACGUUGCAAACUUCAACGAGAAUACGGCUCUCCCCGGGGCGGCUUCGCAGCUCCUCGGAAGAAGAUUCCCCCGGCAGCUCAGUCCGUCCCAAAUGCCGUGUCCCCACAAGCGCCAACAACACCGCAAGCUUCCUCGAGUGCGGCAAGGAGUCCCGAUGCCCCGAGCUCCGUGCCAGCAGUGUCAACAUCGGUUGCCGAUGUUGAGCCCCAGGUGCAAGCGGAGGAGAAGGCUCCAGCGAAUGAGACGAUUCAGCUCGAAGUCGUUGGGGAGCCAUUCGAAGAGCUCGAGAACGAGAAAGAUGAUUUCUUGCCUGAGGAUCUGGAUCAAACAAUAGAAGUCGAACUUCUGUCCGGGCAAGGCUUACCGGUUAAUGUGGCGCUACCUGCCGAAAUGAUGGGCCCGAUCGAAACCAGUGGCACUUCGGCGCCGCGAGUCGGAAUCUCACGUCCGCCUCCCGUGGUGUCUCUACCUGAAAUUCCGCCGGCGGAAGUCGCGCCUUCGAAUACUGUUCGCCCGUCUUCCGCCAAGUCGCUUUCCUUCGUGGACGAAGCAAGGAACUCUAUCAGAGUAUACGGACCGCUCAUGGAAGCUGCGUUCGAUGCUCUUCAUGCUUCAACAUCACAAGCGAAGUGGGUUACGGUACUGAGCGUGUAUCAGAAAAAAGCUGUUCUGGCUAAAAUCUUCGAGCGUCUCAGAGCAUUGGAGAGUAAACUCCUGUUCCCGGGUGAACGCAGUGUCGUGGAUCGGCUUUCGCGGAGUGUAGAACAACUGUUCCAAUCGAUGAAUCUCUUGCGCGGUCGAAUGCGGGUCCCCGUGCAGCAGGACAGCAACAACCACCCUAUCAGUCACGGCAGCACGGUGAAUGACACGGCACCGUCCAGUACGCCAACGCCUUGCGACGCCAGUCAGCCCGUCCGCCAGAUGCCGCAAUUCAGUCCCAUGAAUCAAAGUAAUGUCACGAAUUUCUGCAAUCGACCCCAGACGGGGGUUUCGCCUUACCCUCCGUACAGUCAGUCGACUCCCCCGACGAAAGCAGAAGCCGAACCGAGUUUCCAAACUGCCAAAUCGCUCAAAGACGAAGCUGAUGAGGAAAUCAAGAAGAUUCUAGCCAAGCUUCAGAGCGAAGAUCGGAACGUUCCAAAUUUUUCGGGAACUGUUCAGGAACAGCCUUCACAAAUGUAUGCCGAGGCACCCCAGCAGUCGGCUCCACUCGUGAAGCCCAUGCUCCCCCAGCAGCCAGCGAAUAGAACGAUGUUCACGGAAUCUACUGGUUUCAAUCUGCCGCCGGUAGCCAUCCAGAGGAAUUUCCAGAAUCCUCCAACCCUGGCGUACAACCAGAUGAACGGUAGUCAGCCGAGUCACUUCCAAGUUCAAGGAAUGAACAUGUGGGAAACCCCGAUGGCUCCGAACGUGUCCUUGAAAAGUUGUCUGAAUCAGCGGCCGCUGAACGGGUCACACAUGAGACCGACGACUCUGGUCAACCGUUCGAUGAGCAACGACGCUUUCGGCCCGCCUUCGAAACGGCCCUUCUUGAAUCAGGACAGGCAGCAGCAGCAGCAGCAGCAGCCCUGUCCUCCUCAGAUGUCAUCCGGAUCGGCGGUGUCUGCGCCUCAGCUGAGGAAUCUUCUGGCUCGCAAAGUGACUCCCCUGCCCAACGAACGUACCGUCGCGGCAGGACAGCCAAAUCAAAAUUACUACGGAAGCGGCAGACUGAAUCACGCACAAUCCCAAGAGCAACUUCAAUCAGGUUUCAUGAGUAACCUGAACCCCUGCAAUCGAAAACCCACACUACACAUAGACAACUCGAACUCGACAGUUUCAGCUCAAGCCGCUUCGAAUUUCCCCACUGGGAGCAAUUAUUCUCCAAUCUAUACAGCUAGAGAGCAGUUAUUACAGCAGCAACCUCAGCAGUAUCAAGUUCAAACCCACCAUAAUGGGCCUCCCAUGACUCUCGCUCAGAGCAACGAGCACGUCCCGGUGAAUAGUCAGCAGCCAACAGGGCCACAGAACGGGAGAGGUCCGUUGCAAGGUAUCGCAAUCCAUCCACAACUGCAACCUGUCGACCAGGUGAUCUCCAACGAAUCUUUCACUGCCCAUUGGUCUGGCUCCAACAUGGGAGCGUUCAACCUGCGGGGCUAGGAAUAUUUUGUCAAGCAUAUUGAAGCUCCAAGUGUACAUAUCGUGAACGAGACCGCUCCGAGCAGAGCGUU